AUGGAUCGCAGAGACAGCAUAAAGCGCCGAAAUACGGGGCUGUUCUCGCGGACGCUGGGCACACUGCCCAAGUCGAUCAUGAACUCGAACAACACGGCCAUCAAUUCGAAGCGACGCAAGAUCCCGCUGAUGUUUGUUCCGCCCAGCACCAAGUCUCCUCUCUUUGUGUACAACAACGACAUCGACCAGCGGUCGUUUCUGAGUCUCGGGACGGGGUCGCAGCUGAUUUCCGAGCACCGCUCCGCAGUCCACGACGACGCAGAGUCGGUCAUGAGCUCGAGGUCGCUGCCCUCUACGCUGGAGUACACUGACGAAGAACUGGACUCUGUGCACCAAUGGCUGGAGGAAGAGCGCGAAAGACGCAGCAUGAUGGACCCGGGGUCGCCGUUUCCGAACUACGGGUCUGCGAACGACACGGACGACCUCCUGUCGCAGGCAGACAGGCUGUUCAAAGACCACGAGAGCGGUCUCUCCUCGCGCAGUACUCGCUCCCGUUGA